GCUGAAACCCACGGGUUUUAUCGAAAGUUUGUAUACAAAAUAUCGAAAAACCGACCACCUGCCGCCAGCAGUCAGUUUUUGUUUUCCUGGCCUUCUCCCGGCAACCACAGCAACGAUGACGAUCAAGGUGCUUGGUAUGUUGGCUUUGGCGGCGUCAAGCACGUCCGCUGUCUACUGGAAUCAGUCGGCGGGGUACUCCAUCAAGGUCGACUUCAAAGGCUGGAGUAACUUUUCACCGUUGAAUGGCGGUUGCGUCACGUGUCCGUUCACGUGCGUACGGCCGUCGACUGGACCAGAUGGCCUCGCGCUUAACUUUUCGAACGCGUCGUCGAUUCAAAACCUCCCUUCCGUGUACUCGCAACCGGUCGCGAACGGCUGCUGCUAUGCCAAGGGCAAGGUCAUGCCAAGCUGCAACAACCAAGCGAGCCCUCCGGAGAAGGAAGAUUGCGGCUUUCUGUAUGGACCGACGUUACAGUGGAACAUCACAGACACGCGUAACCCACCCCCCACGAAGACCCCCAUCCGAGCCAUUAUGAUGGCGUCGACGGACUGCAAGAACUUUUGGGCGGUUCAACAGACGUAUGUCAAGCAAGAAGGCAAAACCACGGGGCUCAAGGUGACUGGCUCCAAGCAAAUCAAUGGCGGGUGCUACGGCGCCAGCACGGGCGCGGCCAUCAUCUUGGCCGGGUGCCUCACGUCGGACCUCAAGUUCGACAAAUCUGCCAGUUACAGUUGGGACAAGUUGGCGGUCAAAUGCCGAGGUUUGUCUGGCAUGUGCACCCGAACGAACGCUCUGUGGGGCCGCAACUUGGAAUGCUGUACGGACCCGCUGUCCAUCGACGCGGCGCAAUGGGACUUCAAGUACAAGCUGUACACGACCCCCACGAACGUGGGCAUUGAGUUGUCUGGGCCUGUGAUCACUGCGAUUGUGUUUGGUGGCGUCGCUCUCAUGAUGAUGGCCGUGCACUUUGGCUCGGCGAUCCACCGCCGCGCCAAGCAAACCGCGUUGAUGCGCGAACAAGAGAUGACUGAAGACUACGAGGAGGUGAUGACCCCGCUGACGGCGGGCGACAAGGCGCCGGCGACCAGCAACAAGUCGCUGGCACGGUCCGUGGGGCCGUCGCAUGUCGAGCAUUCUCUGCACGAGGGCGACCAGAUCUACAAGAAGAAGGACGACGAAGUGCUCUUUGAAGGCGACUUGUAUUAAGCGUCGUGUCUAUUUGCGUAGUCUUACACACCAUCGGAUAAUAUUUUAAUUGAAGAGCAACUGAAUUUCUCAUA